UCUGCUAUCCUCUUUGGCGAUCUCGGACUUCGGAAUCCACUCUUUCAUGGAUGAUGAUGGGUUCCCUAACGUUCUCAUUCUUCCUCCCUUGUUCCAAAAGUCAUGUUCUUAUGAUGAUUAGGGCACCUAACAUUGACUUUCCAUUCUAUUCCAGGCCACUCUGCCCUUCUAAAUGGCCUCUUCGUAAUAGUCCAACACUGAGACCAAAAUCUCGUUUGAAUUCCCAGAGCUUAGAUAGCGAAGAGGAUGACCGACAGAAAUCAGUUCAAGACCUUAGGGUUCCGGAAGAUUGGCUUGUGCCCUCUAAGGCCCUCCAGGAAUCUGAGUGGCUUAGAGUAACUCUUCACAAUUGGUUGGAUGAUGAGUACUGCCCGGAGGCUACCAACAUUGAAAUUAGCAAGGUUGCAGCUCAAUCAUACUAUGAAUCUUUGGUUGGGAAACAGGCUGACUUGGGUGAGGUACUGUUGAAGAUGGCAGGAGAUUUGCAAUCUAUUUCCUAUCAAGAAAGCUUUCACGGUGCAUUCUCAUCAGCAAACGCAGCAGUCCAUCUAAUUGCCUCACGGAUAGAGCAGAAGUAAAUGUUUCAUCAUGGCGGCGAAAUUUUUUUUUCACCUGUGUCAACCUUCUCAUCAACAAAAGUUUAUGCUUCUUGU